AUGGCAAACACUUAUUUGAAUCAAAAUUAGAAAAUUUUAGCAACCAAAGCUUGGUAAAAGCUAGAAUCAGAAAAAAUGUUUAGAAUAAAGAAUGAAAUUAUUGGCUCAUCAUUCAAUUAGAAUUUUUAUAGUAAUAUAACAUAUAAUUAAUAAUAAUAUUUGAAUAACAAUGCUAUAAGAUUAAGAGGAGGAGGAUGUGGCAAAUCAAAAAUAGAAAAGAAUAUCGAUUCAUAAAUUAAAAAGGAUGAAAAUAAAAUAAAUUUAUAGUACUUGCCUGAAAACUAUAUAAAGAAUCUUGAGGAAUGUCUUAAGCUUAUUACAGAACAAGCAACACAAAUUGGGGAUUCAAAUAAGAGAAAUGAAGUAAUAAAAAAGAUUUAAUGGUUUCUUUAUAACAGAGAAUACUUGAAUUAUUUUUGUAUUGAUGAAUAGGCGGGGAAAACAAUUUAUGAUUUAGUAAUAGCAAAUUUUGGGCAAUUAUUAGAGGUUUUAAUAACUUAUUUAAGGAAUUCUGGAUUUAUUUGUUAUUAAGUUUUAUAGAUUUGUAAUGAACUGUUAAGAAUAAUAUAUUCAUUCCAAUUAGGAAAUUCUGGAAGAUUUUUUGAAGAGGAAGUAAAGCAGGGAUACUUAUAAAAUUUAUAAGAACUUGAUACUCAAUUAGAAAUAGAAUAAGCUCAUGUUUGGAAGACAGGUAUAGAAUUUGAAGUAACAAUAAUGAAAAUAAUGAUUAUGAAUUCAUAAACUAAUUCCACUGAAGGAAAGGAUUUAUUAAUUGAAUUCUUUAAAUAAGCUGCUUAAUCAAUUGUAUCGUUAUAACCUUCUGAGGAUUUACUUUCAACGAUUAUUGAAGGUGGUAAAUAUCUGCUUAAAAAAGGAAUUGAAAAGAAAUUAUAUCCAAAAGAAACUUAUUAAACUUAUUAUUUUUUUUAAUUGAUAAAAUGGUCUAUAAUCAAAUAACUAAAGUCAUAAUUUUCAGUUUAUAAGUAAAUAUAGUAAUUAAAAGAUUUAUUUUCUUAAUAUAUUUUAGUUUCAGACAACUGGAUUAUUCAUUUUAGUUGGAUAUAAAUAAUUACUGAUAUAAUUGGAUAUCGUCCUAUUAUUGAUAAAUUUAUUUUAGAAAAGUAUGGACAAAAUAGUUCAACUAAUAGAUGGAAUCAACUUAUUGAAAAUAAUUUAAUUCGUUGUGUUUCUUAUAAUAAAAAUUAAGCUAUUAUGUAUUUAUUCGAUUAAGAAAGAAAAAUCCACGAUAUUGAAUUAACAAGUAUACUGGAUAAUGAGGGCAAAAAAAAAUUUUUAUUAUUUUCUUAAUUUUUAUUAAAAGGAGAUCUAACUCAAAGUAUUAAUAUUUGGAAUUAUUAUAAAGAAUUCUCAUUUAAAAAAUAAGAAGAUAAAAAAUAAGAUGACUGUGAAAUUAUUUUAGCAAGUUAGGAAUAAGAAAUAUUAUAACAACUAAUUUAUAAUCUGAAUUCUGAAAAAGAUGAAGUUAUUUAAAUUUAUGAAGGAAUUGUUUAAUCUUUUUCGAAAUAUCCUCAGGAAUCUGAUUAAAUGUUUAUAUAAAUAUUUAAGGAUGAUCAGGAAACAUCUUAAAAAUAAUUGUUAGAAACAUUUAAAAAAUUAAUUAUAUUAUCCUAUAAAAUUUAAGAACUAUCAUAGUUUGAAGCUUCUAAAUUUGAUAUCUUUUAACCCCACUAAGAAUAAUUAUAGAAUCAAAAAAAAUUAAAAGGAUAAAUUGAUCUUUUUGUGAAGAUAGAAAUCGAAGAAUUUAUUAAUUAACUUGUAGAUUUUUUUUUCAUUUUUAUAUAAUUUGUAAGUACUGCUUAUAGCAAGAGUAUAUUUUUAGAUUCAAAAAACUAAGUUAAUUAAGAUAAUAAAAUUAAUUAAUUAGAAGUUGAUAAUUUUUAGAAGUUUUUUUUAAACUUUGAAGCUAAGUUUAAUUAAUUUUCUUUAAAUUUAAUUUAAUAUAAAACAGAUUUUGAAAAGUUUUUAAGAAAAUAAAAAGAAAUCUUAUAAGAAAUACCAGCUUAAAAUAUCAUAGACACUUUUAAGUCUAAUUGUAAUGGAGAAUUGAUCAAUAUAAUAAUUAACAAACUUUAAAGCAAUAUAUAUAAAGAUAAUCUUUAUUUAUAUGAUUUCUAAUUAAGAACUCUAGACGAUGCAAAGUAAAAUUUGAUUCAGUGUAAGUUUAUCAUGCUAAUAUUUAAAUUUUUAAAGUAAUUCUCCAAUAUACAAUAAAAAAAUGUUGAGGUAAUUUAUAACUAGUUGUUAAAUUACACCAAAAAAAAUGAAGAACAAAUAGAAUUCCGAGAUGAUGUUUAAAAAUAGAUUAUUGUUUCUGUUUUAACUUAAUAAAAAUUGAAAAUCACAUAAUUGUUGGGCUAAAAUAUUAACGAAUCUGAUUAAAAUUUUUAAUUUUGUUGUAAUAGUUAUCUGUCUUAAAUACAAUCUGAUUUUAUUGUUAUUAAAAAGGAGUGUGGUAAAUAAGAAAAAACUUACAUACUAGAAUUUUUUACAGAAGUUUAAUUUCAAAUUCUGUAAGUUUUAAAUUAGAUUGAGAAUAUUUCAAUUUUAAAAAAUCUAUUAGAAAAAUAUGAUGAAUUUAUAAAAAUAAUAUAAUCAUUAGGAUAACCGCAUUCUCAAAAUGAUGAGUAAGAAUAAGACUUUGAGAGUAUGCCAUAAAGCUUUUAGAAUUUGUAUAAGAAAAAUAAUAGCAAACUUAUUUUAGAUAUAAAGAAAACUAGAAAAUAUUUUAAAUAAUAUGAAAAAAUGUUAAUUCUUUAAAUCGAUUUAUUAGAUUAGCCAAAUGAAGUAUAAGAUUAGACAAAUAAAUUUUAAUAAUUUUAGGAGAAAAGAAGAGAUAUUUUUUUUUGCGAAAAUGUAAAAACUUAAAUUAAAAAAUUAAUUGAAAGUUUAUCUGAUUACUAUUAAUAAAAAGAAUAAGAAUAAGAAUAGGAAAAAGGAUAAAAAAAAGAUUUUUCACUAAAACUGAUGGAAUAUUUGGCUUUUUUCCAUUCANAUAAAAUUAAUUAAUUAGAAGUUGAUAAUUUUUAGAAGUUUUUUUUAAACUUUGAAGCUAAGUUUAAUUAAUUUUCUUUAAAUUUAAUUUAAUAUAAAACAGAUUUUGAAAAGUUUUUAAGAAAAUAAAAAGAAAUCUUAUAAGAAAUACCAGCUUAAAAUAUCAUAGACACUUUUAAGUCUAAUUGUAAUGGAGAAUUGAUCAAUAUAAUAAUUAACAAACUUUAAAGCAAUAUAUAUAAAGAUAAUCUUUAUUUAUAUGAUUUCUAAUUAAGAACUCUAGACGAUGCAAAGUAAAAUUUGAUUCAGUGUAAGUUUAUCAUGCUAAUAUUUAAAUUUUUAAAGUAAUUCUCCAAUAUACAAUAAAAAAAUGUUGAGGUAAUUUAUAACUAGUUGUUAAAUUACACCAAAAAAAAUGAAGAACAAAUAGAAUUCCGAGAUGAUGUUUAAAAAUAGAUUAUUGUUUCUGUUUUAACUUAAUAAAAAUUGAAAAUCACAUAAUUGUUGGGCUAAAAUAUUAACGAAUCUGAUUAAAAUUUUUAAUUUUGUUGUAAUAGUUAUCUGUCUUAAAUACAAUCUGAUUUUAUUGUUAUUAAAAAGGAGUGUGGUAAAUAAGAAAAAACUUACAUACUAGAAUUUUUUACAGAAGUUUAAUUUCAAAUUCUGUAAGUUUUAAAUUAGAUUGAGAAUAUUUCAAUUUUAAAAAAUCUAUUAGAAAAAUAUGAUGAAUUUAUAAAAAUAAUAUAAUCAUUAGGAUAACCGCAUUCUCAAAAUGAUGAGUAAGAAUAAGACUUUGAGAGUAUGCCAUAAAGCUUUUAGAAUUUGUAUAAGAAAAAUAAUAGCAAACUUAUUUUAGAUAUAAAGAAAACUAGAAAAUAUUUUAAAUAAUAUGAAAAAAUGUUAAUUCUUUAAAUCGAUUUAUUAGAUUAGCCAAAUGAAGUAUAAGAUUAGACAAAUAAAUUUUAAUAAUUUUAGGAGAAAAGAAGAGAUAUUUUUUUUUGCGAAAAUGUAAAAACUUAAAUUAAAAAAUUAAUUGAAAGUUUAUCUGAUUACUAUUAAUAAAAAGAAUAAGAAUAAGAAUAGGAAAAAGGAUAAAAAAAAGAUUUUUCACUAAAACUGAUGGAAUAUUUGUCUUUUUUCCAUUCAUUAUUUAAUAGUAACUAUUUCAAUUAAAUGAAAGUAGAUAAAAUUAAUGAUUCCAUUUGGUAAGAUAUUAAAAAUGCUUAUUAAAACACGAAAGAGAAGCUUCUUGACUUAAUUAAUUUUAAACCUGAUCAUAAAAUAAGAGAAGGUUUAGUCUAUAAUUUAAUAAGACUAUAAUUUAGUAUAUAAGAGUAAUAGAUUAAUUCCUUUUCAACUAAAUAUUUAUAAUUCAUGUGGAUUUACGAAAAAGAUUAAAAAGUUAGAAAUUUGUUGAAGAAUAAAGAAUUAAUUGAAAUAUAGAGAUAGUUAUUUGCUUAGGAUUUAGAUAAUUUAUCUGGCUAAAUAAAAGAUGAAUUGAAAGAAAAAAUGAUAAGAUUAGAAAACCUUUAAUAAAGAAUCAAGCUCGAAGGAAAUUAAUAAAAAAGAGAUCAACUUUAAAUAGAAUUAAGGAAAACAUAUGAUUAGCUAGAUGAAUCAUUAGAUAAUAUUUCAGAAAUGUCAGAGGCGAUGGAUAUUAGCUUAAUAUUCCUUAAAGAUAUUUCAAAAGAUGUAAAAUAAAUAAAAAUUUAAAUUGACAAAAUACAAGAGAGCAUAAAUUAAGUAGCCGAUGAUGUUCGUAAAUUAAGAGGAAAAAAUUAUAAAGAAUUAUUAGAAAUUAGAAAACAAAAGAUACUAUUUCAAUCAAAAUUAUCUGAUGUAGAUUCUGUUUAUAUAUAAUUAAAAACAAUUGAAUAUAAUCCUGUUACUGGGGAGAUAAUUAAAAAUGAAGAAAAAGAAAUAACUUAAUUGAUGUAGGAUUAAUGGAAUGAUUUUAAAGAGGGAGAAAUUAAUGAAUUUAUUUGGAGGGAUGGAAAAAAAAAAGAUGUUAUGUUACUUUCAGGAAAUGCAGGUUCUGGUAAAAGUAAAGCAGCCAGAAAAAUUGAAGAAUUUCUAUGGAAAUAAUAAGAUAAAAUAGAAUAAAACGAUAAUAAUCAUAAUAAUAAUAAAGAAGAAAUAAAAAUAAAAUGGACUCCAAUAUUUGUAUCACUUCCAACAAUAAAAGAUCCGAAAUAUAGUUUAUUUGAAUAAGCCCUAGAAUCUGAAAAUUAUUAGUUUGAUUAGUAUUAAGUUAGAGAAUUCAAGGAAGCUAUUUAAAAUAAAAAAGAAUUUAUUAUUUUAAUACUUGACAGUUAUGACGAAAUGAAAUAAGAAAAUAUUUAAUCUAAUCUCAUUAUAACAAAUAAACUAUUAUAAGAUUUAAAUAUAGAUGAAACAAUUAAUUAAGUAAAGUUUAUUAUUACAUCAAGAAAAGAAAUAUUGAAUACUUUAGGUUAUUAAACAUGGUUUUAUGGAAAAAGCUUAAAAAGUAUGAAAGAAGUACAAAUUUAAGAUUUUAAUAAAGAUUAAAAAAAGGAUUAUUUAGUUCAAUAUACUGAACUUAGUGUUAAGAGAAUAAUUAGAGCAAGUUAUGAUUUUUUAAAACAGUGUUCAUUAGAAAAUUUUAAUUUAGAUGAGUUUUUGAAUAUAUGGAGUUUGAUUUAAUCUAAAAUGUAACAAUGCAUUUAAAAUAAUAAAGAAAAAUAGAAUGAAUCCUUUUUUUAAGAAUAUGAGAUAGAAAAUAUUGUUAAAUAAAUUUUAGAGCUUCCUCUUUUUACUAAUUUAACAAAUGAUUAAAUAAUUAGUUUAAAAAAGGAUUUAGCAUCCAUAUGGAGUGUAUAUAAAUUUGAAUAAGCCAUUUAAAAUGUUGGUGUUAAUGAUUUAUUAUCAACACCAUUCAUGCUAGAAAUUGUUGUACAAGUAUUGCCUAAUUUGGAAAAAAGAUAAUAAGGUUCAGUUGAUAUUAAAAAUAAAUUUGUUUAAGUUUAUAUGAAUAUUAAGCAGAGAUCAAUAAUCUCAUAAGUGUUGAGAGAACAAUAUAAGAACUAAAUCAUAAAAAAAGAUUAUGAUUAAACAAAUAAUUCAUAAUUUGAUGGAAAAAAACCCUUUUAGAAUCAUACUUUUAAAUAAAAUUUUGAUUAAUCUUAAAUUACAAUAUAAAAACUUUUAGAUGACUUAGAAAGUAAAAAAUUUUUCUAGUUUUAAUCCCUAACAAGCAAUAUAAAAUUUGAUAAAAAUAAUUCAGAGAUAUCCAUUAUAAAUGAAUAAAAUAAAAUAAGGAUUAAGAAAGAAGACAUAGAAUUUGUAGUUCAAGCAUUAUAAAUGAAGAAAUUUACAAUAUAUGAAUUUUAUGAAAGUUUUAUGCAUUUCUAUCAUGAUUAAUAAAUUUAAAAGCUAAGAGAUUAAGGAAAAAUAUCAAACUUGGAAAGUUUUCAAGUAGAUCUUUACAAUUUUUCAUCAAAUUUGGCUUUAGAAAUGACUAUAAAUGAAUUAUCAUUGAUUUAAUAUCAAUAAAAAGGGAAAUUGAAAUUGAAAAAUAAUUAUCAAAAAUAUCAAGAGGAUAAUGAUUGGUUUGAUGAAUAUUUUGAUGAUUCUUAAAAUGAGCAUGAAUACAAUAAAUUAAUUAGAAGUUGUGUACUUUUGAAUGCUAAAGGAUGUAGCUAUUCCUUUACUCACAAAUCUAUUUAAGAGUUUUAAGUUUCAAAAUACAUUUUAAGUUUUUUAAGUUCUCUUAAUACUUAAAAAUUAAAUUAUAGUUUCUUAGAAUCUAAAUAUUCUAAGAGAUUAUUAGACUCAUUAUAUAAUAAUGAUAGAAUGAAUCUAUCAAAAGAUAAUUAUAAAGGGAUAUUAAAAUUUAUCAAAGAAAAAUUAAAAAGUAUAGAAAACAUUAAAAAUAUUCUAAUUUAUAUAGUUUAAUUAUCUUGUGAUAAUUAAUUUAUAAAUGCUGCUUCAAAUAGCAUGUAUUUGUUAAAUUAUUUAGAUAUUUAUCUAGGUUAUUAAAAUUUUAGUAAAAUUUAAUUAUCUAAUACAAAUUUAUCAGGUUUUAACUUCUUUUUUACAGACUUAAGCAACUCUAAAUUUUCAAAUAUUAACAUAAAUUCAUGUAAUUUUAAUUAUUCUAAUUUAACAAAUGUCGUUUGGAAGGAUAUUGUAUGUAAAGAAAAACCUAAUUUAAAAGGCCACAAUUAAAGUGUUAAAUUAGUUUAAUAUUAACCUAAUGGUGAUUUAAUCGCAUCUUUAGGAGCUGAUGGUAUUAUAAAACUUUGGGAUAUUUAUAAUUAUCAACCAAUAUUAGAUAAUUUUGGCAUAUAAUAAAUUACUUCAAUUGCUUUUUCACCUGAUAGCAAAAUUUUAGUUUAUGGAACUGAAGCAAAUAAGAUAGAAUUCUUGAAUAUUUAGGAUCGUAAAGUUGAUCUAAGAUUAGAUUAUCAUAAAUAUCCACUCACUGGAGUAUAAUUUUCAUCUGAUGGAAAGAAAAUAGUUUCACAAGAUACUUCAUAAAGGAUAAUACUUUGUAAUUUAGAAAAUAUUAGAAACAUUUAAAAUAGUCCAAUGGAAUUAAUAUUCGAUUAAAAACAAAAAAUUUUAAUUUAUACUUACUCAUAUGAUGAUAAAAUGUUGGCAAUUGGAUUAGAUGACUCGAGUAUUAAUUUAAUUGAAAUAAAUACAGGGAAAGAAAACAAUUUGAUUGGCCAUACUGGAUAAAUAAAAACCUUAGCUUUCAAUAAAAAUGGAACAAGUUUAGUAUCCGCAUGCUCAAAUUAUCUAUUAUUAUGGAAUUUAAUAGAUAAUUAUAAAGUUUAAAUUUUGUCAGUUUUAGAAUAUUAAAUAAAUAGUUUAUUAUUAUUAGAUGAAAAGGAAAUAAUCAUUGGUGCAGAUAAUUAUAUAGCUUAUGGAUAAUUUUAAUAUAAUGAUACUGAUUACUGUAUAAAUAUAAAAUACUCAUAUCCAGUUAAACUAUUUCCAAAAUCUGAUUUUGCUGUUAUUGUUUAAGACAAGAUUAUUCACAUACUUGAUUUAAAUACUUCAGUUAUAAUUAAUAGUAUAAUUUUUGAUAAAGUUAUUGAUGAAAUUGAAAUUUCUAAUGAUAAAUAGAGAAUAUUAUUAUUCAAUAAGUAUAAUGAUAAAAUAGAUUUAGAUUUGAAUACUUUUUAAUAAAUUAUUAUUUAAAAAUUUCUUGAGAAUAAGAUUAUCUAUUAAUAUAAUGAUUUGGUAAUGGAGAAGCUUUAAUAGCAAAUUGUAUUCUAUAAUAUAGAAAAUUAAGAAAUUGAGAAUGAAAAUAAAUGCAUUAAUAUACUUGAUAGAAAUGUAAAAUAAUUCUCUAUCUAAAAUAAUUAAAAAAUUAUGGCUUGCUUAGAUUUUAAGGAUAAGAUGUAUUUAUAUGAUUUAAAAAAUAAAAUAGAAAUUGAAAUUGAAACUGAAAUUAAAGAAAAGAUUAUAAAAAUAGCAUUUUCACCUUUAAAACCUAUACUAUCUACUAUAAAUAAAGAUGGAAGUUUAUAUUUUUGGGAUAUUAAUAAAAAAUUAACUGAAUAUGAGAAAUUCAGCGAUAUUGAUGAUAAUACUAAAGUAAAAUUGAUUAAUUAUUCACCUGAUGGAACAUUGUUAAUUAUUUAUUCUGAUGAUUUAAAAAUUAGAAUUUUAGAUGAGAUUAAUGGAUAGAAAAUAAAAAUAAUAGAUAUACCAUAUAAUAUUAAAUCUGAUAUAUAAGUAUCAUAUGAUAAUAAGACUUUGGCUUUUCAGGAUUGCAAUGGUAUCUAAUUGUUAAAUCUUAUUGAAAAUAAAUAAUAAAAUAUUUUCAACAAUAAACCAUAAUCAGAAAAAACAAUUUUUUCUUUUAGCCCUAAUAGAAUAGCUUUAGUAUUAUUAGAUAAUGAUAAUUUACUGUUUGUUAAUAUUAAUACAGGAGAUUAAAUAAUUAAUAUAUAGCCUCCAAAUAAUGAAUAUUAUCAAAGUAUUUGUUUUUCAUAGAAUGGUGAAAUUUUAGUGACUGUUAGUAAAUACUUGAGAAUAUGGAAAUGUUCUGAGAAUAAGAUUGAAAUGAUUGGUGCUAAGAUAUUUAAAGAUUAAAUUAAUUAAGUAGCAUUUAUAGAGGAUGAUAAAUAUUUGUUGUAUAAUAUUGGUUCAAUUUUUACAUAAUUAAGAAUGAUUCCUUUAACAAAUUGCAACUUAAAAGCAAUAUUUACUGUUAAUUAGGAUUUUGUCUAAUUCUUAAAUGAUGGAUAAUACAUGUUAACUAGUGAUUUUUGUACGAAUGAAAUUUUCGAUUGUAAAUUGUAGAGAUCCAUAGCUACAUUUUAGGCUUCCCUGCCUAAUGUAGUGUUCUUUUAAUAAAGCUUGAAAUGUUUAAUAGAAGAAUAAAAUAAAAUUUAUCAUUUCAAUAUUUUAUCCAAUAAUAAAAUAUUAAUUUUCGAGAGUGAGAUAGCAAUACAAUAAAUUAAGCUCAUCCAUAAUGAUAAAUUUCUUAUAGUAGAAAGGAGUUAUUAUUUAGAUAUAUUUAAUAUUGAAAAUAUAGAAUAAAUAUAGAAAAUAGAUAAAAAGAAAUAAAUACAUCAAUUCAAAAGUGAAAAUUUAUAAAAAUUUUCCUGGUCAGGAAAUAAUCACUAUAUUUGUUAUAGACCUAAUUCUGAUUUUGUGAUUAGACAAUUUAAAACUCAAAAAAAUGUUACUUUGCAUUAUUCUGACUAGAUGAUAUAAUAAUUAUAACCUAUUGAUGAAAAAAAGAUUUUGUUUAAAACCUAUAGUUAUAAAAUCCUUACAUUAUCUAAUAAAGAUGAAGAAUAUCUUUCUGAUUGUUUUUUAGCAAUUUCUUUUGAUUAGAAAUUAAUUGCAUCAAGUUAAUCCGCUAGUAUUGUUUUAUAUGAAAAAAAUAAUUAAGAAAAGUAGUUGUCAAUUUUAGAUUGUAAAGAAUCUUUAGAUUGUGAGAUCUUUCCUGGUUAUAACUAUAAAUAUUUCGAUUCUGGGUAAUUUUCAAGAGAUGGAAAUUAAUUAUUUUGCCUAUCUAAAUGUAAGAAAGUAUUUAUCAUAGAUAUCAAUGAUAAAUAAUAAAUGAAAAUUCGUAGCUUUAUCGAGUUUUAGUAUCAGGAAAAUAUUACAAAUUCUCCUUCAUUAAAUUACUUAUCAUUUACAGAAUUAACAAUCAUUAAAUUAAUAAAUAUGAAUUGGAUAGUAUAAACAAAUAUGUUGAGUCUGAAAACAAAAAAAAAAGAAGAAGAAGAAGACAAAAAUUCAUAAUUUUUAAUAUGCAAUGAUAAUUCUAAAAUAAUUAGAGUAUUUUCUAAUAAAUUGUGGAUUUAUUAAAUUGAUUAGGUGAUGUAAUUUGAAAAGAAAGAUAUUGGAGGAUGUAUAGAAUGUUUAGUUGAAACAGAAAAUGGUAACAUUUGUGUAGGUUUUGAAAAUAUGAUUUAAGUAGUUAAUUUAAAUAGAGACUAAAAUUAAGAAAAUGUUUUUUUACAAGGACAUGAGUAGAAAAUUUUAACUCUCUGUUACUCUUAAAAUAAUUAGUUAUUAGCAUCAAGUGGAUCUGAUCAAAAGAUAUUUUUGUGGAAUUUGAGUGCUAAGAAAAAAAUAGCAGUUUUAGAAGGUCAUUAAAAAACUGUAAAUUAAUUAAGUUUUUCAUCUGAUGGAAUUACUUUAGCAUCUGCAAGUGAUGAUUAAUUAAUUAAAUUAUGGAAUAUAUAAUCAAGUGAAUAGACUAAAAUAUCAAAAGGGCACCAAAAAUGUGUUAAUUUUGCGACAUUUUCAAAAGAUGGUCUAAUGAUUGCAUCUUGUAGUGAAGAUAAGUCUAUAAUCUUAUGGGAUUUAAUUGAAAAAACUUUUAUUACUAAAUUAGAAAAUCAUACAGAUGAAUACUGCUAUUUAUGUUUCUCUUCUUCUAACAAAAGAUUAGCAUCAGGAGGAUAAGGAAUUAUUUGGAUAUGGGAUAUUACUAUUCCAAAUGAAGCAAAACUUUUCUUUCAGAUAAAAGAGGAUAAUGUUUCUAAUUUAUUGAUUGCUCAAGAAACAUUUAAAUUUGGAAACAUUUAAAUUUGCUAUGUUGUAUAGUAAUCCAACUCAAGAGGAUGA